AUGCGCAUCUCUCUUGCUAUCUCACUCCUCCUUGUACCAGUCUUUUCUUCUGCGAAAGCCUCAAUGGGGGACCAGAUCCCCGUCUUCCUCGACACUCCGGGACCAGCAUACGUUCCCCAAACGACCCCGCAGCCUACACUUGCGGAUCUGCUCACCAUCGAGCCUUCGGCGUCCAUCUUCUACUCGUAUGCGCGUGAAAUAGAGCUCAGCCAGCUUUUCUCGGAUAAAGACUCGAAGAUUACUCUCUUUGUGCCAACGAACAAGGCUGUCAUGGCUUUGGCGAGGAAACCACACGAAGGUCCUCAACUGGAUGUCGAAAUUGAGAUGACAGAGGAGCAAUACGAGAAACGAACCAAGAGGAACGUCGAACGUUGGGUAUCGGCCCAUGUCGUCCCCGAAUACCCACUCUCCUUCGACUCGAAUAGUCACAAGACAGCCCUGAACCGCAAAUCCCUUACAUUCACGCCGGUCGCGAAGAACGACGGUAAAGGGCCAGAAUGGAGCCGUGUGACGCUGGAGGAUGGUAUCAAGAUUAUCGGAAAGAAAGAGGCCUUGAAUGGAGACCUCUACCUCAUUGAUGGAGCUAUUUCUGUUGCUGUCAGCUAA